AUGGCUAAAUCCAGACCCAUUGUGAUAUCAAAGGACUUGGAGGAUAAGAUCACUAAUGCGAUAUCCAAACUGCUGGACGAAAAGACAGAACGUCUGAAGAUCAAGAAUGCUAAGAACGGCCAAGAGGAGGCAAGUACUUUCCCAGUAUUAGCUAGAGACCUAAAGGCAUCGGAAAUUUUACUGUAUGCCCAAGGAUCUGAUUUCUCCUUGAAGAGGACCAAGAAAUUCAUUUUAGAAAAGGCCAUAGAGAAAGUUUGGAAGGAGAUCAAACUGGAAGAGUCCGAAGAGUUGAAGGGUCUAGGACUCGAUGAAGAAAUCGACAAGGAGACAUUUCUGGCCGAAAAGAACCUGAUGGAGGUCGUAGACACAAAUUCGAUGAACAGAAGUAUUGUUGGUCUCUGGGGAUCUGGGCCUAAAGAGGAUGAGAAAGACGAAAAAGACAAAUCUGAGGAGAAAUCUGACGAAAACGAUGCCAAUACUGAGACUUCUGAUAAGAAAGAGAAAAAGAGGAAAGGAAAAGACUCUGAAAAGCCUAACAAGAGAAUCAAAAGUAAAGACAGAACACCGCCUUCCCUUACGCUAUCACAACUCGGUGGAUUAGACGAUAUCAUUACUGAACUAAUGGAAGUGGUUGGUAUGCCAAUUCUUCAUCCUGAAAUCUACCUCGCUACAGGUAUACACCCUCCUAGAGGUGUACUCUUACAUGGCCCACCAGGCUGUGGGAAGACGACUAUUGCUAAUGCCCUUGCUGGUGAGCUUCAAGUGCCCUUUAUUUCACUGAGCGCCCCUUCUGUGGUAAGUGGUAUGUCUGGUGAGAGCGAGAAAAAGAUCAGAGGAAUCUUUGAAGAGGCUAAAGAAUUAGCCCCUUGUUUGAUAUUCUUUGAUGAAAUUGAUGCUAUUACGCCAAAGAGAGAUGGCGGAGCCCAAAGAGAAAUGGAAAGAAGGAUCGUAGCCCAACUGUUGACUUCUAUGGACGAGUUAUCACUGGAUAAGACAGAUGGUAAGCCGGUAAUCAUAAUAGGAGCCACUAAUAGGCCAGACUCGUUGGAUCCUGCACUGAGAAGGGCAGGAAGAUUCGAUAGAGAGAUCUGUAUCAAUGUUCCCAAUGAGUUAGCUCGUUAUAACAUCAUGGAAUCAAUGAUGAAAACUAUCAAAGCAAGCGGGGAUCUUCAAUUAAUGAAACUUGCAAAGAUGACUCCAGGAUAUGUUGGUGCGGAUCUCAAAGCACUUGUUAGCGCAGCUGGAAUUUCCGCUAUUAAAAGGAUCUUCAGCACGUUGAGUCAAGAACAGGAAAAGAAAUUCAUAGAAGCUAUGUACGAGGAAGAAAAGCAAGAUGAGGACACCAUGGACAUAGACGAGGGAAUCACAGACAAAACCAGAGAAUUAACUCACCUCUCGACUAUUCAAAAGUUUCUACUUAAGCAUCCUCAUCCUCUGACGGAGGAACAGUUGGCUCCAUUGUCAAUCACUUAUGAAGAUUUCAUUACUGCAUUACCCACUAUUCAACCAACCGCCAAACGAGAGGGAUUUGCUACGGUGCCUGAUGUCACUUGGAAAAGUGUAGGUGCUCUAUCCAAGACCAGGGUAGAAUUACAUAUGGCUAUUGUUCAGCCUAUUAAAAGACCUGAAAUUUAUGAGAAAGUUGGUAUCACUGCCCCUGCUGGUGUUUUAAUGUGGGGACCUCCUGGUUGUGGUAAAACCCUUUUAGCCAAAGCAGUUGCCAAUGAGUCAAAGGCAAAUUUCAUUUCUAUAAAAGGACCAGAAUUAUUGAAUAAAUAUGUUGGUGAAUCAGAGAAGGCUAUCAGACAAGUUUUCUCUCGUGCAAGGGCAUCAAUUCCAUGUGUGAUUUUUUUUGAUGAAUUAGAUGCUUUGGUCCCACGUAGAGAUGCCUCAUUAUCAGAGUCGAGCUCAAGAGUGGUGAAUACACUGUUAACCGAACUGGACGGAUUGAAUGACCGUAAGGGCAUCUUUGUGAUCGGAGCUACCAACAGACCUGAUAUGAUUGAUCCUGCAAUGCUCCGUCCAGGUAGGUUGGAUAAAACCUUAUACAUCGAGCUACCUACGGCUGAUGAACGAUUAGAAAUAAUGAAGACUGUGAUCAGGGUGAAUGGAACUCCAAUUUCCUCAGAUGUCAACCUUGAAUCAAUUGCACACGACGAAAGAUGUCGUAAUUUUUCAGGAGCCGAUUUGUCUUCGUUGGUUAGGGAAGCUGGUGUUAUUUCAUUGAAAAGACGGUUUUUCACUGAGAUUAACCAAGGAGUCGAAGAUAUCUGCAUAUCAGACUCGGAACAAAUCAUGGUUACACCAUCAGAUUUUGAAACUGCACUGGAUAGUGUCAACCCAAGUGUGAGUGACCGAGAUAGACAAAAGUACGAAAGGUUGAACCGUCGAUUGGGCUGGAGUAAGACGACAGGUGGACCACACGGAGAUAACAAGGACGCCGAAGAGGACAACUAA